AAGCUCAGAAUGGCUCGCCGUUUGCUCAAGUUACCUCCAAUAAAAAGAAACUCUCUACUUUCUUUCUCGCACGCUCUACCACCGUCGGAAAGUCGGAAAUCUGAGUUAAUUCUAAUUGUAGACCAGCAUUGAAAAAAAUGUCUCGGAGAUAUGAUAGCCGCACAACAAUCUUUUCCCCUGAAGGUCGUCUCUACCAAGUAGAGUACGCAAUGGAAGCCAUUGGAAAUGCUGGCUCAGCGAUCGGAAUAUUGUCAAAGGAUGGUGUUGUCUUGGUUGGUGAAAAGAAAGUUACUUCCAAGCUUCUUCAAACCUCCACAUCUACGGAAAAGAUGUACAAGAUUGAUGACCAUGUUGCUUGUGCUGUGGCGGGAAUAAUGUCUGAUGCAAACAUCCUCAUCAACACUGCUAGGGUGCAAGCACAACGAUACACAUAUGCUUACCAAGAGCCAAUGCCUGUUGAACAGUUGGUUCAGUCUCUUUGUGACACGAAGCAGGGUUAUACGCAGUUUGGAGGUCUUCGUCCGUUUGGUGUUUCAUUUCUUUUUGCAGGAUGGGACAAAAACUACGGAUUUCAACUUUACAUGAGUGAUCCUAGUGGGAACUACAGUGGAUGGAAGGCUGCAGCUAUCGGCGCCAAUAAUCAGGCAGCUCAGUCGAUGCUAAAACAAGAUUACAAGGACGAGAUCACAAGGGAAGAAGCCGUGCAACUCGCGCUGAAGGUGUUGAGUAAAACUAUGGACAGCACGAGCCUUACUUCGGAGAAGCUUGAGCUGGCUGAGGUUUUCCUUACACCUUCCGGGAAUGUGAAGUACCAGGUUUGCUCACCUGAUUCUGUGAGUAAGUUGUUGCAGAAGUUUGGAGUGACCCAACCUGCCGCCGAGACUUCCUAAGUCUUCGUUAUUUAGGUCCUUUGUUUUCCUGAGGUAAGCUUAUUAUCAUGUUACCUAUUGCCAUAUCCUCUAUCAAACGGAAUUGAAAACUCCGGUGGAUCUUUAAUGUUGCUUGCUGUGAACUAGACUUUGAAUU